AAUUGUUAACAAGAGCAAGAGCAGUAGAGCACUGUCCGAUUCUUCCUCUCCACUACUGAUGAGUAGCCAGCGGCGGCCAGGGGACUGGAACUGUGGAUCAUGCCGCCACCACAACUUCAGCUGGCGCGACUCCUGCCAGCAAUGCGGCGCCGUGAAAUCGACCGACGGCGCCGCUGCCGUCGACGGGGGGUCCAACUUCCUGCCCGGCGACUGGUAUUGCCUCUGCGGUGGUCAUAACUUCGCGAAUCGAUCGAGCUGCCACUUCUGCGGUGCGCCCAGCAACGGCUCCGUUGUCAACAUCUACGACGUCGUGCAUGGCUCGGGAGGUGCGGAACACGGACCAGGCAGCGGGUGGAAGCCUGGGGAUUGGCUGUGCACCAGGUCGGGCUGCAACCAGCACAACUUCGCAAGCAGGAAGCUGUGCUAUCGAUGCAAGGCACCAAAAGGAAUGCAAGAGACGACGACGGCGACGGCCGUGUGAGAAGAUUCAACAAUUAAUGGAAACGUUAUUAUAAAGCUUAAUUAAUUACUAGAUAAAAAUAUAUAAUGAAAAAAAAUUACAAAUUAAUUGUAUGCUGGCGACGUACGCCGGAGAACGCGGUGCGGUGGGCAUGAACCAAUUGACGGACGGGUGUCCAUGGGAGCUAAG